AUGGGCUUCCUGACGGACGCCGUCUAUGACCUGGCCAAGCUCUACCUGCGCUCCUUCUGCCCCGCCUCCUCCUCCUCUAGCUCCUCCCCUGACCCCUCCUCCUCCAUCUCCCAGCAUGCCGAGGGGGAGUCUCCUGCGGAGGGGCGUAGCAGUAAGGAGGCUUCGGGUACCACGGACCACCUGCAGUUCACCCUGUUCGCCAUGCAUGGCAUCCCUGCCGCUUGGGUCAGCAGGUGAGUGUACCAGGCACCCACUAUUGGCUUGACAUGGUAGUGCAGCUAGCUAGCUAUUUACUAGCACAUCAUUUUCUUUGCUACUAGCUACUUUUUGGGGGAGGGUUUGAUAAUAAAAAUAACUAACAGGAAAGAUCCCUCCCACCUGUGCCCCAUACUCACCUAGCAGUCCAAUAAUUAACAAAAUACAAUAUGGCACUUUACAAUGUUUGGAUGCUAUGCUACACAUCUGUCUUAAUAUACAAGUAGAUUUACAAAAUAUACAUGGGUGAUAGCCCAAAAGAAAUAGCCUCUGUAUCAGGCUUAAAGACGUGCUCCAGUACUUUUACCACUACUGGCUAAAAAGUAUACAAAAGUACAGGAGAAUCCCUUUAACCUGGCCUCUCUGAAUGGACACAGGUAGAGGGCAAGGCUGUACAGCCUCCCCUUGAGAAACCAAAUCGAAUCUGUCUAACAGGAGCUCAAACAGGCAGGCCUGCAGAAUAUAAGCACUUGGCCCCCAGGACCAUACGAUUACCCAAUUGGCAAUUACAACCAAUAAACUGGAUCUACAAUGUAAAAGGCAAUUUACACAUCCAUUGUUACUUCGGUACAUUUGUCUUAAUCAGACUUAAUGAUUAUUAAUGAUAUUUCAAUACAUGCAUACAUGGAACAAUAAUUUUCUCUUAUUCAACGUUCCUACUCCAAAGCGGGUAAGAAAUGGUUGGCUAAAUGAAAAUGUAUCGUAAGCCUAUCAAACAUGAAACAGAAAUGUCUACGUGUUGCAAUAAAAGAUACGGGGAUAGAAUGAUGUAACGCUAGCAAUUAUUGUAGUAUUAGAUGGAAUGUAGAUUUACCACAUAGGGCCUGUGCAUUUAAACGUGUGAAAGCAAGCGCAAACAUUUCAACAAGAGAAAAAAAAGCGCACUCCACUGGUGGGUGUUUGGAGAGCGCAAGUGAAGAGCAGCGCCUAUGGUCCGUCUUCACCACAGUAAUAAUUAAUUUUAAACACAUUUCCAAAUGCAAGCUUCAUAACUAAAUUCAACAUUUCAAGCAAUUGUUACAUACCAAAAUACCAGUAGGCCUAUGCUAGUAAUUGUUGCCCCAUUGCUGAUGAGCUAUUGUUAAUCACCAAACCAUUUUUGGAGCUGCAUAUUUAUUUAUCAUGGCAGUCCUCUUCCUAUAACUUAAUGUUGUGCUGCACCUGAUCGUAUUGCUGUACAGGGAACCAGCGAUCUGUUCUCUAGCUCACCACCCGACAUGUGUUCUUUGUUAGUUUGCUGGUACAAUCAGAGUGGCGAGUGUGCGUUUCACUAGCCAAACUGUUGCAGGUUGUUUUGCAAGGGCGACGCUGCGGCUACUGUCUCUGGCUGCGUGUAGAGUAAUCCACGUAGACUCUGUGCCACAAAAUGAGUGACAAAGCAUUACAAAACCUGGCCAGAUAAUUUCUCAAGUCAAAGUCGAGUCCCGAGUCUUGAGGCUCCGAGUCAAGUCUCAUUAUUUUAUUUUCAAAUCAAAUUUGUGACUUGAGUCCACAACUCUGGUGAAUGUUGCGGGAGGCUGGAAUGUCUGCUAGGUGCUGUUGCUCGAUAAUUGGACAGCGACUCUUCUGCUUUUGCAGUUGUGCACCAGUUGCACACCUGGGAACAGAUGCAAUGAACUGAGCCAAGAAAGAGAGAAAAAUUACAUUUCUUUACCCCUAGUUACUGACCAGUCCCAUCCUAAUAAUCACCUGUUUGCCCGUUUCUGAAUGGACUUGUCAGUGCCUGUCAUUUGGUAUAACUUUCACUUUUUGUAUUACAGCAUUAUUGCCCUGGCCAAAUUCUAUUGAACAUAUAAAAAAGUAGUACCAUUAGAAGUGUUCUUAAUUGCAGUAAGGAACACACUAGAUACAUUAUGGCAUUGCUGGAAUCGUCCUUCAUCAUCAAGGUUUGAGUGUUCUGCUCUGUUUUGGCUAGAGUUUUAUGACUCACGCACACACCAUCUGUAGGCAUGGUGAUGCAUCAUGUCACCAGCAACAGUGAACGCAUGCAUACUGUGCUGUGUUGUAACACAAGACAGAUGGCGUUGAGCAAUAGGAAAUCUUUUGGAAUCCUAAAUGGUUCACUGCCUGGUUCUUUCAUUGGAGCUUAUGGAAUGCCAGGUCUUUCAGAAUGUCAAAAAUGUCUUUCAUCAAAACUGUGAAAAUAAACAGAGUGAAUAAUUUGUUCAUUUCCUCCUCUUUCCUUCCUCCCUUGUUUUGCAGCUAUGAGAAGUACUACCUGAUGUGUGCUCUAACGCACAACGGCCGGAACCUGUUCAAGCCCAUCCAGUCCAAGAAAGUUGGCACCUACAAGAGCUUCUUCUACCACAUCAAAUGGGACGAACUGUACGUCACUACUGCCCUCUACCCAUAUAAAUACAAUACAAUACUAUACUAUACUAUACUAUACAAUACAAUACUGUUAGACAAGUCAUUAUACAUAACACAACCAUAUGAAUUUAAUUGUAUAUUAUUCUGUAUUUAUGGGUACUUGAUCAUGAAGCACAUGACCAAAUCAAUAAUAGUUUAUCUAAUCUAUAAUAAUGUUGUAUUGAAUUAUGUGCCUCUACCAAUCUUGAUUGCCCAUUUAGGGUCCAAAUGUAAACUAGGGUGAAAUUUCCUUUGUGCCUGUUACACAGGCUCAGUCACCAACACAACGAACAUAGCAGGACAAUAAUACAAACUGAUAAGACAUGACAACGUUAAAGGAUUGUUACCUUGUAAUAAGUGUAUCUGUUGUUACCCAUAAUAAGUGUAUCAUUCGGUCAACCACUGGAUACAAUUACUAGUAAUAAUAGCAGAUUUAACUUAGCAGACACUUUUAUCCAAAGAAACUUAGAGUACAGUCAGUGCAUACAUGUUUAGUAUGUGAUUGUUGAACCCUCUUACCAACUGAAACACACACUACCAGUAUAUAUCACAGACGAUGCACAUUCAUACUUAAGCUAAUGUGUGUGUUUGAGAGGAACUACACUACCGGUCAAAAGUUUUAGAACACCUGCUCAUUCAAGGGUUUUUCUUUAUUUUUACUAUUUUCUACAUUGUAACUACAUCAAAACUUUGAAAUGACGCAUAUGGAAUCAUGUAGUAACCAAAAAAGUGUUAAACAAAUCAAGAUGUAUCUUAUAUUUGAGGUUCUUCAAAUAGCCACCCUUUGCCUUGAUGACAACUUUGCACACUCUUGGCAUUCUCUCAACCAGCUUCAUGAGGUAGUCCCCUGGAAUGCAUUUCAAUUAACAGGAGUGCCUUCUUAAAGGUGAAUUUGUGGAAUUUCUUUCCUUAAUGCGUUUGAGCCAAUCAGUUGUGUUGUGACAAGGUAGGGGGGGUAUACAGAAGAUAGUAUUAUUAUGUCCAUAUUAUGGCAAGAACAGCUUAAAUAAGCAAAGAGAAACGACAGUCCAUCAUUACUUUUAAGACAUGAAGGUCAGUCAAUACGUAACAUUUCAAGAACUUUGAGCGUUUCUUCAAGUGCAGUCGCAAAAACCAUCAAGCGCUAUGAUGAAACUGGCUCUCAUGAGGACCGCCACAGGAAUGGAAGACCCAGAGUUACCUCUGCUGCAGAGGAUAAGUUCAUUAGAGUUACCAGCCUCAAAUUGCAGCCCAAAUAAAUGCUUCACAGAGUUCAAGUAACAGACGCAUCUCAACAUCAACUGUUCAGAGGAGACUGUGUGAAUCAGGCCUUCAUGGUUGAAUUGCUGCAAAGAAACCACUACUAAAGGACACCAAUAAGAAGAAGAUACUUUCUUGGGCCAAAAAACACUAGCAAUGGACAUUAGACUGGUGGAAAUGUGUCCUUUGGUCUGGAGUCCAAAUUAGAGAUUUUUGGUUCCAACCAUCGUGUCUUUGUGAGACGCGGUGUGGGUGAACGGAUGAUCUCCGCAUGUGUAUUUCCCACCGUAAAGCAUGGAGGAGGAGGUAUUAUGGUGUGGGGGUGCUUUGCUGGUGACACUGUCUGUGAUUUAUUUAGAAUUCAAAGCACACUUAACCAGCAUGGCUACCACAGCAUUCUGCAGCGAUACGCCAUCCCAUGUGGUUUGGGCUUAGUGGGACUAUCAUUUGUUUUUCAACUGGACAAUGACCCAACACACUUCCAGGCUGUGGUUUGGGAUGAGUCGGACCGCAGAGUGAAGGAAAAGCAGCCAACAAGUGCUCAGCAUAUGUGGGAACUCCUUCAAGACUGUUGGAAAAUAAUUCCAGGUGAAGGUGGUUGAGAGAAUGCCAAGAGUGUGCAAAGCUGUCAUCAAGGCAAAGGGUGGCUAUUUGAAGAAUCUCAAAUAUAAAAUAUAAAACACUUUUUUGGUUACUACAUGAUUCCAUAUGCGUUAUUUCAUCGUGUUGAUGUCUUCACUAUUAUUCUACAAUAUAGAAAAUAGUAAAAAAUAAAAACCCUUGAAUGAGCAGGCGUUCUAAAACGUUUGACCAGUAGUGAACAUUGCAGUCAGACUGCGUGGAAUCACUGAUCUACAAAAAUUGCCUUGCGUCCCAAAUAACUACUCAUCAUGUGAUCAAGAUAAGUGAUGCUGUGCCUUGCUUUGCUCAAACUGAUCCACUCAAACACUCCCUCUCUCUCCAGGAUCAACUUCCCCAUGGCGGUGGCCCUGCUUCCAUUGGAGUCCAUGCUGACUCUCUCUCUCUUCGGGGUCCUGAACCAGAACGCCAGCGGCUCCCCAGACUCCAACAAACAGCGCAAGGGACCAGAGCUGCUGGGCAAAGUCUCCCUGCCCUUGUUUGACUUCCGACGGUAAUGCACAACCACAUUAAUUUUAGUGGUUGACUGUGCAAUUGCUGUGUGUCUGUGGUGUGGUAUAGUCUAUUUCAAGAGUUGAUUGUGUGUAAUAGCUGUCUAUUCGGGAUUUAGAAUGUGUGUAUGUUAAUGGUGUGUGUGUGUGUGUGUUUUAGGGUGCUUGUGAGGGGGACCAAGCUGCUGUGUCUGUGGACGUCUCCUCAGGCUUCCUCUGCUGCAGCCGGGAUCCGGAGGAAGAACCUGGCUGAGAAGAUCAUACUGCAGGUGACCACACCACUCUACAUACACACACACACACAUACACACCGCUCUACACACACAUUUUAGUCAUUUAGCAGAUGCUCUUAUUACAUUUACAUUUUAGUCAUUUAGCAGACGCUCUUAUCCAGAGCGACUUACAGUUAGUGAGUGCAUACAUUUUUUAAAUAUUUUUUUAAAUACUGGAAUCGAAACCACAACCCUGGCGUUGCAAACGCCAUGCUCUACCAACUGAGCUACAUCCCUGCCGGCCAUUCCCUCCCCUACCCUGGACGACGCUGGGCCAAUUGUGCGCCGCCCCAUGGGUCUCCCGGUCGUGGCUGGCUACGACAGAGCCUAGAUUCGAACCAGGAUCUCUAGUGGCACAGCUAGCACUGCGAUGCAGUGCCUUAGACCACUGCGCCACUCAGGAGGACAGUGGUCCAGAGUGCAUACAUUUUCAUACUGGCCUCCCGUGGGAAACGAUCCCACAACCCUGGCGUUGCAAGCGCCAUGCUCUACCAACUGAGCUACACGGGGCAAAUAAUCACAUUUUACAUUUAGUCAUUUAGCAGACACUCUUAUCCAGAGCGACUUACAGUUAGUGAGUACAUACAUUUUUCUUUUCAUACUGGCCCCCCGUGGGAAUCGAACCCACAACCCUGGCGUUGCAAGCGCCAUGCUCUACCAACUGAGCUACAGGAGGCCACACACACACCACUCUACACACAUACACACCACUCUACACACAUACACACCACUCUACACACACACACACCACUCUACACACAUACACACCACUCUACACACACACACCACUCUACACACACACACACCACUCUACACACACACACACACCACUCUACACACACACACACCACUCUACACACACACACACCACUCUACACACAGGAAUGCCCAUAUAAAUGUGAAAUUAUACAAACAAUAUAAUUGGGAAUUACUGGAACGGCCCUUACCAUUUAAGUCAAUCUUCUGCACUUUUGUAAUGUACAGGCACUGCUCAAAUGCACACUUCCUCAAAGCAAUCAGUGAUUCAACUCCAGUGGAAAGCAAGCACCUGUUCAAUCAUGUUAGAUCAGUUUUUACCUCAAGGAAAUGUACUUCAAACAGGACCAAGGUCUCGCUCACACACUCCCCUUUCGCAAACAUAUUUCGCCUUCUGUGGUGACCUAAUAAGUGUGUGUGUACGUGCCCUUGCGUGCAAGUUUGUUUGUGUGCAUGUGUCUGCCUAAAGCUUACCGUAUGCUUUCCAAACAGUCGAAACAGUUUGCGCAUAUAUUACGACAAUAUUUAGUGAUGUUAUUGUUAGUUUUGGUGUUCAGCAGUGUUCAGCACCCGAAGUUCAGUAGCCGAGGUCUACGUCCCCACUCAUUGGUUAUUGGUCAACAGUAGGGAUUCUUCAAUUAAGUGUUUGUUGUCAAUGAGAGACGACUAGUUUUCAUGCACAUUCUUUCACUUGAGAAACACGGCACUAAACAUCUUAGCUAGAUGCAAGAACUUAAACAUUUGACAGAUUUCUUGAUUUAUCUUAGAUUGAUUCAACCUAUUUUGAAGAAGUGUUACUAUAUGUUGUUGCUAUGGUGUCUCAAAAAGGGGACAAACAGUAAUAUUGCUGCUUUCUUCUCGUUUUUCAACCAAAUGUAUUUUGGUGCCAGACACAUACAUUCUCUUCGCCUAGUCGAGUUCUGCUAGGAGCAAACCAAACCUAGUAUGCGGAUGCCUUUACCAUUCCAUGACCUCUGACCCCCUUCUCUUCAGUUGGACUUCCCCAGCCCAGCAGUGGAUGUGCUGUACGUGGGUCCCCGGGAGAGCCCCAGCCCUGACCCCAACACCCUGGAGGAGCUAGACCCUGACCUGCGUCGCCAGGUGGACAAACUCUGCAGCCGAGCCUCGACCUUCGGGUACGUAUGA